GCACGCUAUUAAUACAAAUUCUAACCAACCGUCAGUUAUUAGAAUCCUUAUGCUAAAUAGUGAAAAUGUUCGGCAAAAAACCUAAUUCCGGGAAAAGGAGUGGGAACUUGGCUCAGUAUGGUCUAAUAGACAUCCCAGACUUCGAGAAUGAAGAUGAACCAAUGGACUUAUCAGAUGAUGACAUUGACCUGGAAGCAGAGCUGGCGGCGAUUGAAGGGGCGCCCAAAAAAACCCGUCCAAGGAAGCCGGCUCCAGUAGCUAGCGGAAAUUUAGAUGCUAUGAUCGCGCAGAGCUUGAAGGAUGUGCCAUCUGAUGAAGAUACAUCUGGAGAUGAAAAUGACCCAGAUCUCCUGAAUGAACUAAAAGAACUAGGCAUAGAAGAUGAAGAGGUAAUUCCCGACCAAGCUCCGUCUCCACCUCCACGCAGCUCUCGUCCCGCCCCGCCACCACCAUCUUUAAGUACCGAAAGCAGCACCAUCAGCCUACUGCAAGACAGAAUAUUGAACUACACCGCUGCUGAGAAACAUGCCAAGGAGACCGGUGAAAGCAGUCGGGCUAGAAGGUUCGCACGCGGCCUUAAAACGCUACAAGAUCUACUCAAGCACGCAAAAGCAGGCAAACCUGUCAACGACGCAGACAUCCCACCUCCAGUUCCCAUUAAGGCGACACAGCCAACAGUUACUGAACCUCCAGCUCCGGAAACACCUUCGGCUCCUGAAUUACCCGCGACAGAACCUGUUGAAGAGGCAGAACCGGAACCGCCAAUCUCGCCGGAACCUAAGGAACCGCCCCCAGCACCACCCAGAGUUGAAAGUCAGGGUUUGGACCCUGCAAGACAGCAGGGAAUACAGAUAAUAUUGAGACGCAAACAAGAAUUCAAAGCUGCAGCUCUGUCAAGUAAGAACGCCGGUGACAAAGCAUUAGCUCUGGAGUACCUAAAAGUCGUCAAACAGUUCGAUAUCGUUGUCGAUGCCUAUAAGAAUGGACAGGAGAUGGAUCUGAGUGAACUGCCUACACCGGAGGCUAUCGCGGCAGCUUUUAAGUCCCAGCAGAAGGGGGAAGACGUAGUGCAGAAUGCCAGUGAACCUGUACCAACCCCCGCACCCGCAGCGGACGUAGGCGGUGGUGGGUUGAUAAUUGCGUCAUCACUUGGUGAGGCGUUGAGGCAACGACUAGCAGCGUUCCAGCAACAAGAAGCAAAAGCCAAAGAAGACGGCAACGCAUCGAAAGCGCGACGCAUGAGCAGAAUCGUGAAGCAAUACCAGGACGCGAUCAAACUACAUGCAGCGGGCAAACCUAUUGCCACUGAUGAGUUACCUACUCCUGCUGGGCAUGCGCCUUUUCCUACUGACAAUGCACACUCUGCCAUUAGCGCGACGCCAUCGCGCCCCGCCCCGUCCCCCUCCCCCUCUCCGCGGCCUUCGGCCAAACCAGUCUUGUCGCGACACGACAAGCAGCUGGCCUACCUGCUGCUGAGGCAGAAAGAGUUCAAGGAAGCGGCUUUGAAAUCUAAGAAGAAUGGUGAUAUGGAACAAGCAAAGGAGUACCUUCGCGCUGCAAAAGGUUUCGAUUCAGUGAUAGACGCCGCUCGUGGUGGCUUGGCUGUCGACCUCAAAUCGUUGCCACUGCCGCCGCGGGCCAAGACACAGAUUGAACACACCUUCGAUAUGGUAUCAGCAGAAGAUUGUGAUCCGCCAGAUAACGCCUCUGUAGCGUCAAUAAACUCUAUGACAGACGAAGACGCGCUGUCAAAGCUGCACCAGCAGCUAGCGAGCCAGUUGAAAAUAUGCCAAACUAACAGAGACCAUUACAGAGAGAUGGGCAAUAUAGCCGAGAUGAACAGGUUUGAACAUGCUGCCGUAAGGGUCAAACAAGAUUUGGAUGUCGUUUCUGUUGCUAAAAGUUUAAACCAAUCACCACCAAAGUUUCAUUACGAAUCUAAACAAUUCUCCGUGGUGCAAUGCAAUACGGAUCUAAACGAGAACGAAUUAGAGCUCACGAUCGUGCGAGGCAUCGCGUACAACGUUUCGAAUCCUAAAGAUAUUGAUACUUACGUCAAAUUUGAAUUUCCUUAUCCGCAGGAUGCUCCAGUUUCAGACCGUACUCCAUUAAUAAAAGAUACAAACAGUCCCGUGUACAACACUGUGUUCCAAUUGGCCAUACAGCGCAACGCAAGACCAUGCCAGCGCGUAUUCAAACGCCACGGGAUCAAACUUGAGGUUUAUUCAAGAGGAUGUUGCGCGUGCGCCGCUGACACUUUUUUGUGUUGCAGCGGGUGGUUCUCGAAGGACACCGUCAUCGGAACCGUCAUAGUAAAGCUGGCACCGCUCGAAAACCAUGUUACUAUACAUGAAGCUUUUCCGCUCAUGGACGGCAGAAGACCUGCGGGAGGAUCCUUAGAAUUAAAACUUCGCGUACGCACCCCUAUCCUGACACAACAAAUAGAGCACACCACACAUCGCUGGCUCGUCAUAGACAACUGAUAAAUUUUUGUGAUUUAACACUGCAAUAGAAAGAAAAUGUGAGAUUAUUCAGUAACAGAGUGAGAGCGUAAAAACUCAAUUUUUAUUGCAUAAUAUUUUUGUGCAUUGGUUCUUAUUGGCAGCCAUUGUUUAUAACCAUAAAAAUGAACCAACCGAUUCACUAAGGUUGAACUCUACUACAGCGAAGCUGAAACAAGUGAUUUUCAGUAAUCUCUUAAUUCAUAGUUUUUUAACAAAUAAAGAUUUCCUCUUUAUCGUAAGUUUCAUUGGUAUUGGGGAUUUUUUAAAUAUGUUCUUUUUAAGCAUCAUCAAAAAAGUCAACUAAUGAACAUAGGUCUCUCCAAUAAACGCCGCAACACAGAAGAUAUGAACGGAUGGAA